ACCCUGGGCCUGCAAUCUCAAGGAGGUGGGGCUGACAACUCUGGGUCAUGGUCACGUAAGUGAGGUCAAACAGGAGAGGUUGGCCUGAUCAAUAGAUGAGUCAGGACAGGCAAAGAGUAUAAAACCUCAGGAGUUCCAGUGCUUCUCACAUCGCCAGCAUCAUCUCUCCUCAUUCAUCCUACCUGUUGAUUUGGGGUGUCCUUCCUCCUUAGCAAGAUGUCUCACCAGAAAAAGCAGCCUACCCCCUACCCUCCAGUGGUUUGCAAGACCUCUGGUGGUGGAGGUGGUGGUGGAGGUGGUUCCAGCUGCGGUGGCGGCGGCGGCGGCGGCGGCAGCUCUAGCUGUGGAGGAGGCUACUCCGGCGGCGGUUCCAGCUGUGGCGGGGGUUACUCCGGCGGCGGCUCGAGCUGCGGCGGCUACUCAGGGGGCGGCUCCUCCGGAGGCGGCUCCAGCUGUGGAGGUGGCGGUAGCUCGGGAGGAGGUAUCAAGUAUUCCGGAGGCAGCGGCGGCGGCUCCAGCUGCGGUGGCGGCUACUCCGGCGGCGGUUCCAGCUGUGGUGGCUACUCAGGGGGCGGCUCCUCCGGAGGCGGCUCCAGCUGUGGCGGGGGUUACUCCGGCGGCGGCUCCAGCUGUGGCGGCUACUCAGGGGGCGGCUCCUCCGGAGGCGGCUCCAGCUGUGGAGGUGGCGGUAGCUCCGGAGGAGGCAUUAAAUACUCCGGAGGCAGCGGCGGCGGUUCCAGCUGCGGCGGCGGCUCCUCCAGCGGCGGCUCCGGCCAGCACUACCACUGCCACAGCUCCGGCGGCGGCUCCUCCGGGGGCGCUUCAGGUUGUGGAGGCGGCUCUUCUGGGGGCAGCGGCGGCUACUCCGGGGGCGGUGGCUCCAACUGCGGCGGCGGCUCCUCCGGGGGCGGGUCUUCCGGCCAGUAUUACCAAUGCCAGAGCCACGGCGGCAGCUCCUCCGGGGGCGGUUCCGGCUGCGGCGGCGGCUACUCUGGAGGCGGCGGCUCCUCCGGGGGCGGUUCUGGCUGCGGCGGCGGCUACUCUGGAGGAGGCGGCGGCGGCGGCGGCGCUAGCUGCGGCGGGGGCUAUUCUGGGGGCGGCGGCGGCUCUGGUGGUCAGAGUUACCAGUGCCAGAGCUACGGCGGCUCCUCCGGGGGCGGUUCCAGCUGCGGCGGCGGCUACUCGGGAGGCGGCGGCUUUGGCUGUGGCGGCUCCUCCGGGGGCGGUGGCUCUAGCUGUGGCGGGGGCUCCUCUGGAGGCAGCGGCAGCUCUGGUGGUCAUUACCACCAAUGCCAGAGCCACGGCGGCUCUUCCGGAGGCGGUUCCGGUUGCGGCGGCGGCUCCUCCGGGGGCAGCGGCUGCGGCGGGGGCUCCUCCGGGGGCAGCGGCUGCGGCGGGGGCUCCUCCGGGGGCAGCGGCUGCGGCGGGGGCUCCUCCGGGGGCGGGGGUGGCUCCGGCCACGGAGGAGGCUCCUCUAGCGGCGGCUCCUCUGGCGGUGGCAAGGGCGUCCCGAUCUGUCACCAGACCCAGCAGAAGCAGGCACCUAGCUGGCCAUGCAAAUAAGCCCCCCUGGAUACUGCGGAGGCAAAACAGCUGGAGAUGUUCUCCGUGGGCAUCAAUGGGCUUAAUGUUCUCAUGAUACUGCUCCAGGUUUCCAAAUUUUUCGUGUCUCUACCUACCUAGAAGAAGCCAUGGGAGUUCUUAGACUGCAUCUCAUUCUGCAGUUUUUCCUUCUUGGUUUCUGUAUGACUACCUCCCAAUUCCAGUGCCUUUUCAAUCAAUAAAUUAUGCAAUUCAUGAGAA